UUUGCGUUGCCAGUACACAAAAUGAACCAGGAUACAGAUGGGGGAGGCUGGUGCUCCAUCCUGCUGUUCUUAUGCAUUGCCGUCACCAUUGGCUCCGUUCUGCCCGUUGGCUACUGCUUUGGGGUGAUGAAUGCGCCCGCUGAGUUCAUCAAAACGUGGGCUGCAGAAUCCUUCAAUACGCACUACUCAACACAACUCAGCGAUGGACAAACCACCUUGCUCUGGGCUAUAAUAGUGUCGGUUUUUCAGAUAGGUGGUAUCAUUGGUUCGUUGUGCGCAGCCAGUUUAAACACCAGAUUCGGGCGACGCGGCACGCUCCGCAUAACUGACUUUAUAUUCACCAUGUCGUUUUUGUUGUUUUUGCUUUGUCGCUAUAUUGUCAAAUCGGUGGAAAUGUUGCUGUUGGGUCGUCUCCUUGGGGGUGUGGCAUCCGCCCUUGUCUACUCCACGCAGCCCAUGUAUCUGGUCGAGCUUGCGCCGCCCGAGCUAAGCGGCAGCGUUGGCGUCUUCACCUGUAUCGGCAUUACUGGUGGCGUCGUCGUGGGUCAACUAUUAAGCUUUGACUUUGUGUGGGGCACCAAGGAACAUUGGCACUGGGCACUAUCUGCAUUCAUCAUAUUCGUUUGGAUCGGCUCGCUGUGCUCGUGUUUUUACCCCGAGAGUCCGCGAUUUCUCGUGGCGAAGGGCAGAAAGGAAGAGGCGAAGAUGGUGCUCCAGCAUUUGCGUGGGCUAGACCAGCGUGCUGAAAAGGAGCUGGCCCAGAUCGAAGCUGCGGCACAUGGAGCAGAGCCAUCGAUGAGCAUCAAGGAUGUCGUCUGCAAUGGCAAAUUGCAAAUGGCUAUCAUUCUGGUUUGCUCCUUUCAUUUUGUUCAACAAGGAAGCGGCAUCAAUGCUAUCUGGUUUUACUCGGUGGCCACGUUCACGGAUGCGGGCUUCAGCACAUCGGUGGCUUUGUGGCUCAACUUUGCACUGGGUGUGCUUAACUUUUUGGCCGCUCUGUGCGGUGUCGUCCUUAUGGCCAAAUUCGAUCGACGUCUUAUGAUGAUGCUCUCAUGCAUUUUGUCUUCUCUAUUUAUGUUGCUACUCAGUUUUGGAUUACACUUUGCGGAUGUCUUUAAAUGGCUGGCGUAUUUUUGUAUUAUCUUGCUCGCUUUAUACAUGCUGUCUUUCAAUAUGGCGCUUGGUCCGAUGCCCUAUUUCAUAGGCUCAGAGCUUUUUGUGAUAUCGCCCCGUGCCGCUGUCAUGGCCUUGGGCAGCCUUUCCAAUUGGAUCAUGAAUUUUGUGAUUGGCAUGAUUUUUCCCAUACUAAGCGACAGCAUUGGAUCGUUUGCUUUCUUGGUUUUCGCUGUUAUAUGUGUUUAUGGCUUUUUGUUAACUUACAGAUACUUGCCAGAGACGAGAAAUCGCACUCCCGAGGAUGUUGCUCCUCUAAUGGAGAAUGGUUUCAAGUCAAAAAUCAAAUAGAAUUCAUAUUUGCCUUUUUCUG